CUCCCAUCUCCCUUCCUCGUGGCUCCUCGCACUCUUCCUGUUCCAGACCUCCGCCACCGGAGGCGCCUGCGGGUGCGCUCCUCCUGACCGAACAACCACCCCGGACUGGUUUACCGCCGUCCGCAGCAUCUGUUCACCUUCACCCCGUGUGCGCUCUCUCUCUCUCUCUCUCUCUCUCUCUCUCUCUUUCUUCUCUCUCUGCGACGACUGGGUGGGCUACCGCCGCCGACGCCGACGCCCAGGUGCCGAGGCCUUCGUCGGUCUCUUCGCUGGUGACGAGCACUGACCAGGCUGUUUCAUCAAGAAAAAUUGCUGCACUCGCAUGGUUUGCACUAACCACCUACACAGUGAUCUCUGCUUCUGACCCCACAUGCCUUAGGCUCUAUCUGCACCAAAAGAAGUGAAUUGAUUCAAGGUGUUCAUAUACUAUUUGGAUGGUUUAAGAAAGGACCUGGAAGCAUUGCGUGGCUAACAUUUUUGUCUGACAGGGAUUAAUUUUGGGAACCAAUUCGGUGAUCAGCACAAUGGAGUGCAACAGAGAAGAGGCCUUGAAGGCCAGGGAAAUUGCUGUUAAGAAGUUGGAAAACAGAGAUUUUGUUGCUGCUAAAAGGAUUGCCCUUAAAGCACAGAGGAUUUUUCCAGAGAUAGAGAACAUACCCCAGCUGUUAACUGUCUGUGAAGUACAUUGUGCAGCAGAAGCAAAAGUAAAUGGAAUGUUGGACUUUUAUGGAAUUCUCCAAGUAGAAUGGACAGCAGAUGAGGUGACCAUAAAGAAGCAGUAUCGUAAGCUUGUCCUCUCACUUCACCCUGAUAAGAACAGUUAUGCUGGUGCAGAAUCUGCUUUCAAGUUUGUUGCAGAAGCAUACUCAACUUUGGCUGAUCGAACAAAACGAUAUGCAUAUGACAUCAAAUGGAGGGCUGCUCCCAAAAUUGCACCAAAGCAGGCUAGACAACCGAAACAGGCUGCAGAACCAACUCGGGCUACACAACCAAAUCAGGAUACACAACCGAAACAGGAAACAAAACCAAAGCAUGCUGCUAAACCAACGCAGGCUACACAACCAAUGACUACAGUGCCAAUUAACAAAAAUGACGCAAAUAGAAGUAAUACAGUAGGAUAUGGACCAUCAGGUUCAACACCCACUGAUGGGUGGACAUUUUGGACCAUAUGCAUCCACUGUAAAACAAAAUAUAAGUACCAUGGCGACAUACUCAAUCGUCAGAUCCGCUGUCAGAACUGCAGGCAAAAUUUCUUUGCACACCAGAUAAGUACAGAGGAUGUGCCUUCUGCAUUCUCAUCAAAAACAGUGAAUAGUGCUGGGCAACAAGGCUGUGUUCCCACUCAACAAGGCUGUUCUACAAAUAUCUUUUCUAGAGAGAACAAAGAGGGCCCUGGGUCAAAAGGAGUUGAAUUUUCUGCAAAGAAUUCUUCUAAAGCAUCUGCACCAAAUGGGAAGGAUGGGGCAGAUGGUAGGAUGCAAACUGACUCUACUGUACCAGAUUUUGGUGACAGGAAAAACCUAGGUGGUGGGGUGGAUACAUCAGCAGAGCCAGGUGCUGCAGGAAUCCCUAGCCCACGGAGAUCUUCUAGGAGAAAGGCUUGUGUUGAUGCCAACAACAUCCUGAAUUCUCCAAAGAAAAAGAGUCGGACACUCAAAGAUUGGUUCUCAAAUGCUGCCUCCAGUUCUAAUAAAGUGGUUCAUGAUAAUGUUGCCCAUGCCGAUGGACAAGUUAGUGAACCUCAUGUGUCUAGCAAAACAGAUAAUCAAGAUAGAAGUGGUACUGUCAAUGAAGACAAUAAAAGAAAUAAUAAAAAAAAUUGUGGUCCACCUGCUGAGAAGCCUUGCAAUACUGGGAGCUUCACGUACCCCGACCCAGAAUUUUUUGACUUCGAUAAGUGCAGAGAUGUCAAACUGUUUGCAGUUGAUCAGAUAUGGGCACUUUAUGAUGACUUUGAUGCCAUGCCAAGAUUUUAUGCUAGAAUAAGACAUCUUAAUACCACCAACUUCAGAGUUAAGUACACUUGGCUGGAGCAUUCUGCAGUGAAUGAUGAUGAGGAAACAUGGACUGAUAAUAAUCUUCCUGUGGCUUGUGGGAACUUUACGUUAGGCAACACAGAGGAGUCACAAGAUCCCCUCAUGUUUUCUCACAUUGUUUCAUGGGCUAAAGGAAGAAAAAGGGGUUCUUAUGUAAUAUAUCCAAAUAAAGGUGAGGUUUGGGCUCUUUAUAAGGGCUGGAGUAUGCAGUGGGUCUCAGAUGCAGACAAUCAUAGAUCCUAUGAGUAUGAAGUGGUGGAGGUCCUUUCCAACUUCACAAUGGAAGCUGGUGUCACUGUUAUCCCCUUGGUCAAGGUUAAAGGUUUUGUGAGUCUGUUUGCACCAGCAAAGGACAAAUCAUCAUUUGUUAUAUCGUCAAGUGAACUACUUCGGUUUUCCCACAGUAUCCCAUUUUUCAGAACAGUGGGAAAUGAGAAGGUUGGUGUCCCUUGUGGAUUUCUUGAACUAGAUACCGUAUCCCUUCCUAGUAAUCUGGACGUAGCAUUUCCACCAGUUACUCUUGAUUCAUGUGUGCCUAUCAACAAAACAAUGAGCAGCGGGUUUGUUGAUUUGUCUGGCAACACUACACCUGGCCGUGGAAAUGAAGACAGCGCUCAAAAGGGAAAUCAUAGAAAUGUAGGGAAGUUGAGAAAACAAUCCCUUCAAACUCCUCAGCAACAUAAUGCCUGCCUUGCUAGCAUGUCUGGUUAUUCUGCUCCGCAAGGCUGCCCCUCCCCCACUGUUUUCACAUAUCCAGAAACAGUGUUCUACAAUUUUGAAGAAGAUCGGUCAUAUAAUAAGUUUGAACGAGGACAGAUAUGGGCUCUUUACAAUGAUUUUGAUGGCCUCCCCAAGUACUAUGGUUGGGUUACAAAAGUUGAUUUAGAUCCAUUUGGAGUGCACCUGACUUGGCUGGAAGCUUGCCCUCGAUCAGAGCAGGAGAAUAUGUGGUUAGAGCAUGAGUUACCUGUGAGCUGUGGGACAUUUAAAAUCAAGAACUGGAGGAUCAAGUAUGACACAAAUGAUUCAUUCUCUCAUGUAGUAGAAACACAAGUUGGUUCGAAGCGACAAUUUGAAAUCCACCCAGAAGUAGGGGAGAUUUGGGCGAUCUACCACAAUUGGUCACCUGGCUGGGUUCCUUCCAGCAAGGAUGCUUGUGAAUAUGCCAUUGGCGAGAUUAUUGAGCGCACUGAAGCUAGCACGAAAGUCUUAUUUCUGACACAGGUAGAUGGCUACAGAACUGUAUUCAAGCCAGACAAUGAGAGGAGUAUUCUGGAGGUGCCAACAAAAGAUGACUUGCGGUUUUCUCACCGGAUACUCUCGUUCCAUUUGACAAGAGAGAAGGGUGGCGAGCUCUAUGGCUUCUACGAGCUGGAUCCUGCUGCUAUUCCGGGUCCCUUCCUCUGUGGGGGUACCCACUGACUCGCAUUGGUUGCCCUGAAGAAACUACGGCUAAAUUACUUCCUGUCAUUGAACUGGUGAUAUUGCAUGCUCUUCCGACACACGUUAGCGUGUGGGGCAACUGCUGUUUGGGCCAAGCCUUGCUAUACCUAUACAUUCCACUUCGUAGGCCUCCUUGUGUCUUGUACUGAGCAUACCAUUUAUUUCUAAUGCUGAUGCCUGUCAAACUAUAAUCACCAUUUGGUAGUGCUGUCUGCAGCCGAGAGCAGAUGCAGAACAGCUAGAAGUUCAUUAUGUGUUCCAGGAACAUGUCGAGUCUCAAAUCCACUAAUUCAGCACUACCUAUUUUUAUUUGACGUUGA